UUGUAUUGUUUAGCAACUCCGUGCAGCAUGCUUUCAAUGUUUUGAUGGAAGGAUCAUUGUUGUCAGAAAGGCCAGUGUCAUAUUAAUUUAGCGCGCCAUUAAAGAAAUAUAUAUUGCGGUCUUAACUGAGUCAGGUUGCAACUUACUUUGACAACAUGCUGGAAAUCCCAGAGACACAACCAACAAAACCCGAAGCAGAUCGAAGGGACAAUGAGUGCAUAGGACAAAAGAGGAGUGCAACUGCAAAUAGAGGAAUGAAGGUGGAGCCAGAUUUCGUGAACUUCGCCCCCACAGAGGAGCUGCAGUUCCUGCGGGCGCGGGUGCAGGAGCUGGAGCGGGAGAAGGCCGAAAUGGCGGAGGAGAACCGGAGACUGAAGGACUUGCUGAUAAACGAGAUUCCCUCUCUUCUCACCUCCAUGAAGCAGACCCUGUCGGUCUGCACGGCCAGAGUGAGCGGCCCGGACUUUGCACACGCACACCCGGGGGCGGACAGCCCGAGCUUCGGCCAAUCGGUGACGGACGGGUCGGAGUUCAUCCACGCGGCGCCGGCCUGCGUGCGGAAGCCCGAGAGGUCGGAGUUCAUGCAGACCAUCCCCACCAGCGCCCCCCGGAGGCCGGACGCGGUCCCGUUCGUGCCCGCCAUGCCGUCCGGCCUGGGCAGGGACGACGGCGACGGCGAGUACGUGGUCACCGAUGACGACGGGGGCGUGGUCUGUCCCGUGGUCAUCACGGAUGAAGACUGCCACACGUGUCCCAGCUCGGCCUGCAGCUCGCCCGACCUCCCCCCGGCCAGGGACUGCUCGGAGCUGGAGCACCGCCGCAUCUCCGGGAACGACGUUAACCACGUGCGUCAGGUGGAAGUGUACCCAGGCUCCAACGUGUUCUGCGAGGCCAGGGCGUGGCACGCGGCAAUCCAAGCGCCGUCACCCACGGCGAUGGCACGGACACUGUUGCUAGGCGUGUUCGACAUGGACACCCUGUUGCAUAGCAACCUGAGAGGAGGGCGGAGCCGGAGGCCCACCUUCCCCAACCACCGUGCGGGCCUGGACCCCCACAAGCUGGACGCUAUUUACAGUACACUCGCUUUCCUCGCCCUCUCCCCAAAUACGCACCCCCCAGUCCCUGGUUCGGUCCUCCGUCAGCCAUGCACCCUCUCAACCCCAACUUCCCCCCCCCUGUUCACUCAUUCACCACCCCACCCCGCCCCUGUGUGUUUUUCGCUCACCCACUCACGUUCGUGCUCACGCAGUCAUGGGCCAAUUCACUCACAGCGUCGACUCAUGCACACAUUACCAGUCUCAUGUACUUAACCUCAAACUCGUUAAAUGCCGGCUGCCCACUGUCCGGGAUGAAUAGGGUGUUGAUAAGCGCAUUAACAUAAAGACCCAUUCACGUGCAUGCGAUUUGGCUGUGCGCUGGAACAGCGUUCUGGAGUGGCGGUGAAUUCAGGGGCCAGUCAGUCAACACUUUUCCACGCAUUGAAAAUGAAUGGGAAUACAUGAAUGGAGAAUGAGGCUCUCAAAGGUUAAUGCCACCGUAGGGGUAGCUCCCGUCCAAUAAUCCAUUGGUAUUCAUCAUCAUUUGCUGAGGAGCUUUGACAGCGUUGGCACGGCUGUACAAAAUGGCCGCCUACGCUGUCACUCGCAUUGCUUUCACCAACUGCUGUCGUGGCUGUUCUUCCAGGUGCCACUCUGGCGAAGUUCCCGCUGGCCAGGAAGGGACAGAUAGGCACCGGGAUCAACUCCAAGCUGUCGGAGAUCAGAUUCAAAUCCAGGAGAGCCAGCCGGGAAGGGAGAUACUUGUGAAGAUUUAGAAAAAAACUGUUAGCCUCACAGUUAUCGGAUUAAUUAUUGAUUUGUUUUAUUUAUUUAUUAUUUAUUUUUUUAUUUGUAUUUUAUUUGGCAGAUGCCUUGAUCCAGGGUGAAUAACAGGACAAUAUAAGGUAAAGUGCCAAAAACAAACAGAAAAUGUUCCAGGUAGAGUGCAGCCCAUAGCACACAACUACUGUACGCAAGAAGGAGACCUCACCUCACAGGGCCUUUUUAUCCGAAACAGCACAAAGAUUAAGAGUCCAGUAUAAGCUAAGAUCAUAGCUAGUACUCGGCUAUCAGUACAGCCGAAAUGGCAUACUACAGUUCAACCAGCUGAGUUCAACCAGCAGAUGAGGGCAGAUGCAGGUUGGGUGACCCCAGGUGUAAUCUACAGAGAUUAGUCGUCAGAAGGCAGCGGAGGUUGGAGAGUAACCCGGGUGUCCUGAAAGAGGCUGGAACCUCAUUCCACCACUAGGGCGCCGAGGGCUUGAGGAGCACCUCCUGGAGGGACGGACAGAGGACUAUCAGCAGCAGGAAUGAGAAAUGUGUGCAGGAGACGGAGGAGGCUGGGGUGCAUUAACGGCAGCCAGGCCAGGCCGCGGAGUUUCAGAUAAGAUAAAGCGGUCUGAUGGUGUUAGCAGGGAGGUCAGCCGGCAGCUGGCGGUUGCUAUAGCAGCAGCUGGGUCUGGAGCAGCGACUGAGAGGUACAGACAGGGCUGUGAAGAAGCCACAGGUGCAGAGGAGUGUUGUGAUGUCACCGGGGGGGGGGCCAGAUGCAUUGUGGACCGUAGCUCCAAGGUUGUUGGUAGUCUGGAGCAGUACCGUCUCACACAGGCGCCGGCAGGGCUGAUUAUUUCCGCUUGAUUACUGGGAUGGGGGAGCUGGGGCUCGAAAUGGUAGAUAAGCAAGCAGAGGAAGAUGGAGGUGGGAGGACAACAGGAAAAGCAGCGCUCCUGCAAAACCCGCCCACACCGACGCAGGCUGCUUCAGAACCCGGAGGGCCUUCGCGGGCAAACCGCUCGCACGAAUUCGCAGAUGUUUCCGGAAGACAUCUGGACACUGCGCAGCCUCGGUUGCGUGACUUAGCGACGGGGGGG